CCCCCACCUACCCUGGGGUGCCCCCAUCUGCCCUAGGGUGCUCCUCUGACAGCCCUAGCGUGCCUCUGUGCCUCGCCACCCUGCUCUCCAGCAACUCCCUAGUGCCAGGGGGCUGCAAUCACCAUGCCUGCAACGCUGGACCCUGCCGGGGUGAAGCCCCCAGUCCACGAGCAGAUCUCAGAGCUGCAGAAUAAGAUACAGCUCCUAGAGGGCGACCGGAAAGCUUUCUACGAGAGCUCCCAGUGGACCAUCAAGAAGAACAGGGAGUCCAUCCAGUGGCUGCGGCAGGAGAACAAAAACCUGCACAAGAAGCUGGCGGCCAUCCUGGCGGGAGAUGCACAAAUCAUAAAAGAGGUGUUCCGGGACCGGGCUGCCGAAAAGGCCUCGCUGAAAAAUAAAAGUGGAGAGGGCGCCAUCGAGUUCAUCAACCACCGGCUCUGUGAGAAGAUCAACCGUCUGAACGACCUGAAGCACCAGGUGGAGGUGAGGAAGCGGCGGCUGGAGGAGCUCCAGCUGCAGUACGACUCCAAGGUGCAGGAGGCCCGGGGCUUCCAGGAGGUGGAGGAAGGCGAUGUGGAGGCAGCCAAGACCCUGCGCCGGCUGGAGAACCAGCUGGAGAAAGCCCGGCUGAAGGUGGAGGAGGCAGAGCAUGUCACCAGCCUGUACCGCCAGCUCAAAGCUCACAUGCAGGAGCAGAGCUUGACGGCCCAGACCCAGCUGGACGUGCUGGAAGCUGAGAUCCUGCGGCUGCACCACGAGCUCCAUGGCCUGCAAGCGAUGAACACAGAGGCACAGGCCACGCGGGAUGCUGCCAAGGAACAGCUCCAGCUCCAAGAAGACAGUGUCUACCGGGACAGGUACAUGCGGGAGCUGAAACUGACGGAGCUGAAGAAGCAGGCGGAGGAGAGGAGGGCACAGAAUGAGCGGGCGGAGAGACGGGCCCUGCGGGAGCGCCUGCCCCUGCAGACGGAGGAGCUGCUGAGCAAUGCCCAGCGCAGCAAGGGCACCGGCCUCCGCGCCAAGCAGCUGCUGGGCACGGCGACGGAGGAGACCUUCGAGAAGAUCAAAGUGGCCACCGGGGUCACCAACUCCAGGGAGGUGGUGAGACGCUUCCUGGCCCAAGGAGACACCUUCCAGCAGCUAGAGCAGCUGACGACGCAGAACGAGGAGGCCCUGGUGCGGCUGCGGGAGGAGGAGGAGACGCUGCAGGCCGAGCUGCAGGGCCUCAUCUACUCCGGGGAGGCCCGGGUGACGGGGGCCCAGCGCCUGCUGGAGGAGCUGCGAGCUCACCUGCGCCAGGAGGAGACGCAGCGCGACGCGGCCAAGGGGCAGCUGGACAAGGUGACGCGGGUGCUGCUGGUGGCCAAGGCAGGCGUGGAGCACCUGGCCAGCAAGGUGCAGCACAUCCGGCUGGAGAGCGGGCGCUUUGCCGGGGCCCCGCCGGACAAGGCCGCCAGCGACUACGUGCUGGAGCUGCUGGCGGAGACGGAGGAGAAGCUGCUCAGGGUGCUGGCCGAGCUCAGCGACCAGGACCAGAGGGAGCUGCUGCGGAAAAUCACCGAGGAGGAGUUCCACGCUAACCUGGAGGGGCGUCUGCCCAGCGCCAACGUCCGGGUGAAGCUGCCCGUCGCCCAGAAGCAGGACAUGUACUACGUGAAGGCCGGGCAGCCAGCCCCCUGCGUGCCCUCCGGGAGCCGGCUCCAAACAGAGCCCGCUCGCAGCCUCGGCCGGGCCCCAGGGUGGCCCUGA